AUGCUUGCCGACCCGCCCGCGCCAGCACCCGCGCCUUUGCGCUUACCCCCACUCCCAUCUGCCUCUUCCUCCUUUACACCUCCAAGCGUACGGGCACCGCGCAUUCUCCUCAACUCGGGGGAUAAACCUCAGCUGCGUGCUCGCCAAGUCAGGUCGGCAUCAACACCGGGCACACUCACCGUCUCGCCCUCGCUCUCGAGCGCACUCAACCGAGAGCAGACUUCCUACUUUCUAUGCCGCCCGCUCUCCCCUGCCUACACUGCUGAUCGCUCAUCCUACUUUUCCACCUCCUCUACAUCGACAUCAACAUCUGCAUCUACAAUCACAUCGGCAUCCACGCAUAUAUCCACAUCCACAUCUCCAACAGUCGCCCCGUCCCUUGCCGCGUCGCGGCCCAUCAGCUGGGCGUCCACAGCCUCGACGCGCCGAGAACGCCCCGCGAGCUGGGCAUCCCCGAGCCUCGCAUCUAUCAAACUCAAAUCCGGCGACUCGGCGUCCAAUUUCAGCGCUGCGGACAGUGACAUGUCCUUUCUCGCGCGUAAACUCGCCCAGGCAUCCUCUUCGUCCCUGAACAACAGCCCCAGCCCCAUACCCGAGAGCUCCGUCGAGAGCGACGUCGACUCGACUGCCACGCUCACAAACACGCUUUCUCUUCCUCCUUCGUCCACUGCCGCCGCAUCCAAGACUAUACCCACGUCGUCCCGCUCGGGCGAUACCAGCGCGCGUCCAAGCCCCGGCGCUAGCAUGUUCAAACGGCUCUUCUCCACCCGCAAAUCCAGCUCCUCUAAGAAGGCGCCCAAGUCAUCUGCCAAGGCCUCCAAGACCGAGCCCAAAUUCAUAGCCAACACCGCCGACCCGCGAUGGGCGCCCGUCUCGAACAUCGCUUCUCCCUCCAUCGGACGGAGACGGUCGCAGUCCCUCGGUGCUUCGAGCACCCGCUCGUCUGCGAGCGGGGAGAGCGCCAUCUCGGAGAUACGCAGGCCGAGUGGGCUGGGGAGGAGGGCGAGCUCGGUGGAUGGGAAGAUGGUCAGGCGGUCGAGGGGCGAGGGGUCUGGGGGCACGGAAGAUGGGCCGGAGGGGCUAGAGACGAGGAACUUCCAUACCAUCGGGCACGGCGAGGACACGCGGAAGAGUUUGGGCUUCGGUACGGCUGCGAACGGCAGCUCACGGAGAUGGCUCAGUCAGCCCGAGCUCCUCGAUGCACAGGCGUCGUCGACGUCGAUGUUGAGCUCUACGCCUGGUUCGCCGCUGCCUUCAUCGGGCGCUUCGUCUGCUGCCCCGUCCCCCACCCAGUCGAGAGCUCCAUCUGCGUUGAUAUACGUGACGCCUCCGCCUUCCGCGGCGGUACCACCAUCGUCAUCGUCACCGCGCCAGCUUCCGCCCGAGCUCCUCGUUGCCAUCUUCUCCCAGCUCCCUCGAGCAUCGCUGCCCAUCGUCGCGCGCUCUUCACGUGCUCUGUCCGGUCCAGCAAAAGACGCCCUUUACACCUCCCUCGACCUCUCCCCAUCCGCUCUCCCGCGCGCACGCGCUGCUCAGCUUAUCGCCGUCCUCGCAGGGACUCCCGACCUCGCGCGCCGCGUGCACCGACUGACAUGCACAUCGUGGCCCGUUCCUCCCCCUCCCUCCCCUUUAUCCACCACCUCCAUCCCCACGACCGAGGGCAAAAUGCCAGAACGUACCGCCCCCGUCCACACCCACACUCACCACCGCUCCAGCUCCGGCUCGCGCCUCGAGACGAUCUGGUGGUCCACGCUCCCUCUCGCACUGCGCAACAUGCGCGCGCUGGAGCAUCUUGUGUUGCCUGCGUGGCGAGCGGGAAUGCUCCCGCGCACGAUUGGCCGGGACGCGGUCGGGUUUAAGCUCAAGAGUCUAUGUUUCACGUGCGAGACUCUCAGUGAUCGCGACGGCACCGGUGAGGGUGAGGGUGAGAGCUCAGCAGGAGCGUCGUUCGACCUCGGGGAGAUGGUCGAGUGGCUUAGGGGACAGGACGAGCUGCGCUGGUUGGCAUUUCCGAAUCUGCUUUCUGGGUCUGUGCCGGCUGCGUCGGUGACGUCGUCCUCGGCGCUCCCGGCGAUUCUGCGUGCUCCGCUGUUACCGUCGCUGCAUACUCUCGGCGGUCCGCCGGCGCUGGUUACGGCGUUGGUGCCCCAGCUGCAUCAUGCGCCGCGGAGCGUGGCGAUUGUGGUGCGGGAGACGCUGUAUGAUGGGUUGAGGCCUUUGGCUGUUGUGCAGGCGUUGAAGGGCGUGCGGGAGCUGAAGGUUGUAUUUGGGCAGCAGGUGGAUAAGCGCACGGCGGAGAAGAUGGUGGGUGCUGUUGGGAUGCUGUGUGCGUCUAGGCGGGAUGGUGCGGAGCGGGAAGACAAGGAAGGCAUGGAGGGGACGGAGAUGGACAAGGAGCAGGAGGAGGAAGGCAAGGAGGAGGAAGGAGGGAAGCUGGAGAGGCUGGAGGUGCAGGUGCUGUGGGACGACGAUUCUGCGCCCGAGACGCUGUACAAGAUCAUGGACAACGUGCUCCCGCGCUUCGGCGCGCAUCUCGCCCGGCUGCGCUUACACACGCUCAAGCGCGCGGCGCUGCCCCCGCUGACGCCGUCGCCCACCGGGUCUGGAUUCGCUCCGAGGUCGGUGUCAGCGCCUUCGCCUGGGUUUUCGUCUACUCUCGCUCUGCCGCCGUCGCCGACUCCCACUCCCGAUGCCGCGUCCCCUUCAACGCCGCCUAUCACUAUCAUCCGCCCGAACUCAUACGCAACACCCGCAGUCCCCGCAGGCUUCGACGGUCCAUCGGGCGCUGACGCUGCCGCCUCCGAGGGCACCGAAGGUCCAUCGACUAAGAAGUCAAAGUCGAAAGCGGAGUGGGAGCGCAAAGCCCGCUCGCGCUUGUCCCUCCCCAGCGGCGCCUCUUUGGCUUCGCUGAUGCCCGGCAAUGGCGGAAGCGGCUCGCCCCUCGCAUUCGGCGGCGGAAAGAGCCCGAGCCCUAUCAGCGGCAUGUUCAAUCUCAGCCUGGGAAGGUCGAAGUCGAAGUCGAAGGCGGGGUCGGGAUCGAGGUCGUCGUUGAUGCCGCCCGUAUCGCCUGCCUCCCCGUCAGCACAUUCGCAGACCGGGAGCGUGGCGAGCGGGUCGGCGUCGCCGUUGCCUUCGCCGGGCCUGAGCGCGAGCUCGCUCGUCAGUGGUAGUGGCGGUGGGAGAGGGCCCCCGAGUCCAGUCCCGAGCCAGGGGCAGGGGCACAGUAGGAGCAGGAGCCGAAUGUCCAUGUUCACGCUUCGGUCUCCGUCUGCGUCUAGUCCUCUCCCGAGAGACGUUCCACAGAGCGGCGAAGGGAACGUCUCGAACGCGGCACGCAGCCCGGACGCGCGUUCUUCGUUCUCGGUGUCGCAUAUGCCUAUCAGUCCAGAGUCGGACGAGGGAAGAGCGCUGAUGAGCGCGUAUGCGGGGCAGGGCGUGGAGAGGGUGCAUGCGAGGGCGUGGAGUAAGGCGUGUAAGGGGCUGCGGGAUAUCGAGUUUACGUUUGGGGCCGGGGUUGGUCUAGACGGCGAGAGUGCGGGUGACGGGGAAGAGGACGUGGUGGCUGGGGUGUGGUUCCGGCGACGGGCGUAGGCAGCUGGUGAGGCAUCGAUGGUUGGUUUUGUUCAUCUUAUUUUAUUUUGCUUGUUUUCGCAUUCGCGCUCGUCCACUGUCCGUGAUAGGCGCGCCCCACACUCGUUUUCUUUUUUCUUGUUUGUUUGUUUCUGCUCAGCAUUCUCGG